AUGGCGCCCGAGAAGCGGAACCAGUUCCUCGAUGCCGAGGACAGCGACGAUGAUGCCGUCCAGGACAACUCUGAAGACGAACUGCAAAAGGGUGGACGCUCGGCAAAGAGGCGCAGAGUAGAAGAUGAUAGCGACUUGGACGACGAGGAGUUCAGCGACGACGCCGGCCCAGACGCCGAGGGCAGUGACAGUGAACCUGAAGAUGGCGAGAGCAAUAAGCCACAAAAGCCAGAUACUGGCAAAAAGAGACGUGAAGAGUCAGGGUCGAGAGAAGAGGACAGCAACACACAGCCUGAUGACAUCCGCCUUGUCAAACCCUUAUUGAAGAAGAACCCAGUUGCCACAGAAGCCGCCAUCAAAAAGUCUGGCGUUGUAUACAUCUCGCGCAUCCCACCCUUCAUGAAGCCCCACAAGCUGCGCUCCCUCCUCGGAAACUACGGCACGAUCAACCGAAUUUUUCUCGCCCCCGAAGACCCUAUGGCACACCAGCGGCGGGUACGUAACGGUGGAAACAAGAAGAAGAUGUACACCGAGGGCUGGGUGGAGUUUGUGAGCAAGAAGGACGCUAAGGCUGUGUGUGAAAUGUUGAACGCGCAGACAAUCGGCGGCAAGAAGGGGAGUUACUACAGGGACGACAUAUGGACAUUGAAAUACUUGAAUGGGUUCAAGUGGCAUCAUCUGACGGAACAGAUCGCUGCGGAGAAUGCAGAGAGGAGCAGCAGGAUGAUGGCAGAGCUCACGAGGGAGAAGAAAGGAAACAAGGACUUUGUGCAGAGGGUGGAGAGAGCAAAGAUGCUGGAUGGUAUACAGAGCAAGAAGGUCCAGAAGAAAGGCUCGAACGACGGGGGGGCGGAAGCAGAUGCGCUCACGCCCGCAGCCGAAGCGACUGCCACUGAGAAGCCCAGAAAGUUCAAGCAGACCUCGUUGGCACAGAAGAAAGCGGCGGAAUCAACUCAACCUCAGAAAGCGAGCAAAGCGCUCAGCAAGGUUUUCUAA